GUGAAAUACCUAGUUACCAGAAAUUAGUGGAUCCGUUGUCUGUUCCGACGGACCGACGAGGAUAUUCCAAAACGUCGUUCGUUAAAAGGGUGGCUUGAAGGCUUCGCGAAAGAUGGCCAAAAAAACAACGCCGGCGUCGUUGCAAACUGAUAUUUCCAAUAAUGAAGAAUGGGAAAAACUUUUGAAAAGGACGGGUUUAAUAGUGGUCGAUAUAUAUUCGGAAUGGAGCGGACCAUGCACAGGAAUGAUAAGCAUCUUAAAAAAAAUCAAGAUGGAAAUUGGGGGUGAUGCAUUAAGUUACGCUACGGCAAAAUGCGAUUACAUCACGGACUUAGAGCGUUUCCAAGGGAAAAGUGAACCGACGUGGAUGUUCAUACAUAAUGGUCAAAUGAUAAACCUUAUGUUUGGUGCUCAAUGUCCCCAACUACUAAAGAUAUUAACAACAGAAUUGCAACGAAUACAAAAUGGGGAGGAAUACGAUUUUAUCAGGUUUUCUAUAAGCGUAUCGGAAAAAAGUCCGGAAGAAAUAAAACGUUUAAAAAUUAUCGAAGAUACUAGAAUAGCUAAAGAAGCGGAAAAAAGAGCAAGAAAAGAAGCUGAGGCUAAGGCACGUUACGAAGCUGAAAUGUCACACUUAAUUACUUCAUUGUGCAAAGAAACUUGUCUUUUACUAUAUCCAUGGGUUUUUAAAGACGAAGAAGGUCAUAAAAGAGAUAAAAAGUCUAGUCCGCCAUAUACUGAAUUAGUUGAAGAAAUAUUGCCAGGAAAUUAUUCAAUUGAACAAGAAAUUCGAAGACGACUUACUGAAGAUAUUCUCGAUAUAAUGUUUAAUGAAUCUGAUUAUGUGCUAUCACCGAACGCAAGACAAUUACUUUUGAAUGGUAAAUGCAUGUUUCUACGAUUAAAAAUAGAUGAAACAAAGUCGGAUGUCGAUGUUCAUGAAUACUUGUUGAGUCUCUUAUUUGGAGAACCAGAAUUACCAAGUGAAGACAAGAUAUUCACUGAAGAAUGUUAUGUUGGACGUCAUCGACCUGCCUACGGAACAAAUGAAAAUGAAAUAUUUCCAGUUGUGUGGACACCACCGAAUUGUAGAAAUAAAGCCAUUGUUUUUCGUACAAUUUUCAUGGCGUACACUAAUAAAACAUAUCCUUACGAAGAUAAAACUACAAAAGCACCUAUCGUAGUAUUUAAAUACGACUAUACAAGAAAGAACGAGUUGAAAUUAGUUUUGGAAGAAUUUGAAGAUGAGAUCGUCCAUUUCGGUAUCUUUCAAUCUGAUAAACCACCUGAGGCAAAGCUUAUAGCAAAAAGUAUUCAAGAAUUCGAGUCAACUGUAAAAGAAAGAACAGGGUAUGAAACAUUUGUAUGCGUUGUAAAGAAAGUAGGAUGUGAAGCAUUUUUAAGGUUUGCCGGUAUUGGGCCGUAUCACGUAAGCGAAAAUCCAGAAAAAGGUAUAGAGGAAUCAGAAUUAUAUUUUCCGGACAUUACUGCGUUAGAGGAAACGCAAUCGGACGAUGAGGAGAAACCAGAAGAAUUAAUAGAAAACCCUGAGGAGAAUAAAAGUGUAAUUCAUAGAAAUUAUUAUCUAAACCUUUAACCUUAAGUUUAAUUAGAGAAUAAAACAUAAGAUAACAAUCUAUUAUCUGUAAA